AUGCUCUGGCAGCCUUUCGGUGACAAGAGGCGCGUGCAGACUAGCCUUUGCGUGCCUUCCUAUAUUUGGCCGGACCUUGCUGUUUGUGUAUGGCGCGCUGUACAGGAGGCUGUUGUUUGCCAGCGUGGCGCAGAUUGCAUGCGCGCAGUGUUGACAUGUAGCCACCCCCGGAAGUGCCUUUGUGCCUUUGUGAGCGCGCAUUGCGCUGACAACUGGGGUCAGGCCAGAGCCCCGUGGGCGGGCUGGCAUGAAAAGCGCGUGGGUUCUUGCUUGGCAAGCGCUUUGAAAAAGACCAGAAGCAUGCAAGCCAGGACGCAAUAUGGCAGUGCUGGCAAACUUCUAUUGUCAAGGCCCGCUUUGAAUUUGAAAGGGCCAAGAAAGCGGGCAAAGGGAGUGCGUGAACUUCGGGUCACAAGACCCGGGCAGCGGGCACGGGUGUGGCAGGGACUGGUGAUCGCAGCGCGCGGCAGCACUGAGUUGUGGCACUUUGGAGCGCUUGACGCUCGCAAGCGCCUGGUGAGCCUUUGUCCUUCAGCUGCCAGCUGCCUGUGUUGGGGCUUUUCAAGGACGGGCGACGUGUUGCCAUCUGAUGCUUUCGCAAAAGCCGCCAAGGUAGGAUUGGCCCCGUCGGGCGCUCGUGAGAGCGCGCAGUUGAUAGUUUUAGCAGGUGCUGCUCGGCUGCUGCAAGGUUCCAUCUGCCAGUGCCGCUGCUUCUUGCAGCAGCAUCCGGGUCCCGCUGAUUGGCUUUUCCCGCUGGAAAUGCUGCUGCAAAGCGGCACGCCGCAUGCAUUGCUAGCUGCCGUGCUCGCAACUGCGCACCCCACUGGAAGCGCGGGAAACAUGAAUCUUUUGCUGUGUGGAUCCAGCUUUGGCAGCUCUGUGGCCGUCAGCUUGGCAGAGCAGCUGUGUAGGUGUGGUUUUUGUGUCCGCGGCCUCGCAGCGUAG